AUGGCGCCCGAGCUGAAGUCUGCCAGCUUGCUCCAGAACUUCGGAGUGGGACAGCUGCUGCAGUACUUUCAAGACACGGCACAAUAUGUCCACGCGGACAAUGUCGGCGCGCCAGGAGGCUGCAAGAAGCUGGUUCAGCGCCUGAAGGACGAGGCCCCCCAGAGAUUCAAUGAGGCAGGCUUGGCGACGCACGGCGACGAGAGCGCCUGCUCUCAGAGCGCCAACCUGGGAGUUACAUUGGAUGGCGCCCGUUCGGCGGCUCGGACGGCAGAAAAGAGAUUCCGGAGACUUGAUCGCUUCAUCAGCUGGGCCCUGGCCCGAGGCACGCUCAGUCCAAAGGGCAUGGAGAAGCUCGUUGGACAUCUCACCGUCGCCUUCAUGCUCAGGCCCCGCGUGCACCCCUCGGGCGCACCCUCCCCGAUCCUGAAUGCGUACUUCAUGAGCCUCGACCCCUGGCUGCUGGCGCCGCCGAGAUACCCAGUGGCGAGGGCCGACCUGACCAACGCAGUUCGGACCUAUUCCAGGCCGCCAGUACUUGCCUGGGCGCAGGAACGGAUAUCGAAGAGGUGGCAGGAGACGAGACCGACGGCCAGGAAGAGCAGGACCGCGAAGAGGCUUCACCCCCAGGACGCGGACUGGGCCUCAGCCGCGCGGAGUGGCAGGAACUUCUUGGCGAACGGAGCGGUGCAUGCCUCAACCAGGGAGACGCGCUCGUUUGCCGUGGACAUGAUCUCGGACCGCGCCCAGAAGAGGAAGGUGAGUCUGUUGGAAGCGCUGGAUUCCGACCAGAUGUUGUGCUACCUGUUCGGCAAGAUAUACUUCGAGGACAAGGACGACUACAGUGGCCAUCAGCUGACUGCAGCUUGGCUGGACUACAAGCUCGAGAGUGAGGUGCACGCGCUACUUGCUCACUGGUUGGUGGCGCCGGCUCAAGACAUCGCGCGCCACGGGGGGCUCGUCUUCGGGCCCGAGUUCGCCAAGAUGGUGAAGGUGGCCGCCGCCAGGGUCAAGAUGCCGAACAUGAUGCUGUACUUGUUCUACAAGGCAGUGCGAAGUUGGUGCCCCGCGAGUGAAUUCGAGGUCCAGGCCAUCGAGGCCGGUGUUCCCUCGGCCCCCCUGCCGCCCGUGGGCCUUCCUGACUGCUGGCAGCGGCUGCGCGCGAGCUCGGACCGCUUCCGCUCUCAGAGAGCCCGGCUCUACAGAUUCCCGGCUGUGCAGAUCUACCUUUGCCGGAUCGCGGUGGCCGCGUCGUCGGCCUCCUUGCUGCUCCUGUCGGCGAUUUCGUCCAGUUGCGGCGGCAGCCUGACCAUUGCCUGGUCGCUGCAGCACUUGGAGGGAGAUGUACCAGGACCGCGGCCGCCGCGGCGGCGCGUCCAGUGCCGGGCCAUGCCCUGGGAGGGCAUGAAGCUGGAGAACCCUUUGAAGGGUUCCUGGGUCGACCCGGGGUACUGGCAGGAGCAGACCUUCAUCGUAGCACAGUUGAAGAGGUUCCGGCCAGAUCAGAAGCUGAUGUGGGUCUUGGAGCUGUGCCCCGCGUCCGGCAAGCAUCUGGGGUACUUGAACGACAAGGACAAGAAAGGUGCCGAAAGGCUCGUCGGAACCUACAUUGCGUUCGGAGAAGUCGAGGACUCCCGAUGGGGCACAGACCGACAUCAAGGCCGUGAGCCAGACCUAUUUCAAUGA